AAAGAGAAAGAGAGAAGCAAAAAUGGUAUAAUAUGAAAGAAAGGAAAGAGUUGAAAUAGUGUGUGUGGGAAUUGGUUGAGAGGUGUGUUUCUUUUUCCUUCCUCCAAAUUACAAAUUUCUUCAUUAUCACCAACAACUCCAAUCCUUUCUUAAACUCUACACAACAACAGCAACAAUAAUGUCUAUUUUCUAAUCUCACCAUUUUUCCAUCUUCAAUGACAAGGUCUUGGUCCUCUUUUGGAAUUCCCAACACCAACAACUCUCGUCGCUCGAGCUACACCCGCCGACUAGGGGACGGAGACCAUGAUCACGUCGACGGGGAUUGCAGCCAUGAAGAUCAUACUGCUCAAGGAAUGUUGCCAGUCUUCUUAAAUGACCUUGUUAAUCAGCAAGACUUUGUGGAGAUCACAUUGGAGGUUGAGGAUGAUUCUGUAUUGGUUCGUAGCAUUGCUCCGGUUGCUGCGUCGUCGUCCGAGCUGCAAGAUGAUGCUGCUCUUUCCAUCACUGCUAGAAUUCGCAACAAAUUCCCCUGGCUCCGGUCGGCAUCUUCUCGUGCCUCCACCGCCUCGUCUCUCGAUAGGGAUGACACUGCAGCGAUAGCUAUGUCUGCCCGUGAUGCCCGCCGCCUCAAUGCGCAGCUGCAGCGUACCCGAUCUAGAGCCCAGGCUGCCCUUCGAGGACUUAGAUUCAUUAGCAAGACCACUAGUGCCUCUGAUGCGAACGAGCUCUGGCAAAGAGUCCAAUCGAGGUUCCAGUCUCUGGCUCAAGGUGGACUACUUGCCAGAGAAGAUUUUGCGGAAUGCAUCGGAAUGGUGGAUUCAAAGGAGUUCGCACUGAGAAUAUUUGACGCGUUAGCGAGAAGAAAAGGAUUGAGGAUUUCGAAAAUCAACGUUGAUGAGCUCCAUGAAUUUUGGUUGAAAAUUUCAGACCAAAGCUUCGACGCCCGCCUUCAAAUAUUUUUCGACAUGGCUGACAGUAACGAAGAUGGCCGAAUCACAAGAGACGAAGUGCAGGAGCUAAUCUUGCUAAGCGCAUCUGCAAACAACCUUGCGAAACUCAAAGAACGAGCCGAGGAAUACGCUUCCUUGAUCAUGGAAGAACUCGAUCCAGAAAACCUCGGAUACAUCGAGCUAUGGCAACUUGAGACUUUGCUUUUACAAAGGGACACAUAUAUGAACUACAGCAGACCCUUAAGCACAACAACAAGUGUAGGUUGGAGCCAAAAUCUAAGCUCAUUUAACCCCAAAAACAUCAUCAAAACAGCAACCACAACACUUCAUUCUGUAAUCUUCCAAAACUGGCAAAGAAUUUGGAUUCUUUUCCUUUGGGGCUCAACAAUGGCAGCUCUAUUCACAUGGAAAUUCCUUCAAUACAAAAACAAAGCAGCAUUUGACAUAAUGGGGUAUUGCCUUCCGACGGCGAAAGGCGCCGCCGAGACCCUAAAGCUCAACAUGGCCUUAAUCCUCCUCCCCGUCUGCCGCAACACUCUCACUUGGCUACGAUCAACCGCAGCGAGAUCAAUCGUCCCAUUCGACGACAACAUCAAUUUUCACAAGCUAAUUGCGUGUUUCAUAGCAAUUGGAAUCGCCGUCCAUGGCGGGGUUCAUUUGGCGUGUGACUUCCCGAGAUUGGUGAAUUCUUCGCCGGAGGAAUUUGAAGCGAUAUCGAGUGAUUUUCACAACAAGAAGCCAAGUUAUAAGGAGCUAUUGAUGAGCGUUGAAGGGGUAACAGGGAUUGUGAUGGUGGUUUUGAUGGGGAUUUCAUUUACACUUGCUACUCGUCGUUUUAGAAGGAAUGUUGUGAGAUUGCCUCGGUUGUUCAACAGAUUGGCAGGGUUUAAUGCCUUUUGGUACUCCCAUCAUCUUAUGGGAUUUGUCUACCUUUUGCUUCUUGUUCAUGGCACUUUCUUGUUUCUGGCUCAUAAUUGGACUCAAAAAACGACUUGGGUGUAUAUUUCUUUCCCUUUGCUGCUGUAUCUUGGGGAGAGGAGCCUCAGAGCCUGCAGAUCAGAGUAUUACUCUGUUGAGAUAUUGAAGGUUUCAGUACUACCAGGGAAUGUGUUCAGCUUGGUGAUGUUAAAGCCUCGUGGGUUCAAAUACAGAAGUGGACAGUACAUAUUCCUUCAAUGUCCUUCAAUUUCCCAGUUUGAAUGGCACCCAUUUUCUAUAACUUCAGCACCAGGAGAUGAGUACUUGAGUGUGCAUAUUAGGACAGUUGGGGAUUGGACAAGAGAACUCAAGUGUGUCUUUACUAACCAUGUCAACUCCAAACCUGUUCUUGGUAGAGCCAAAUUGGGUCAUUUGGUCAACAUGGAAAGAAAAAGCCAGCCGAGAUUGUUGGUGGACGGGCCAUAUGGAGCACCUGCGCAGGACUAUCAAAACUACGAUGUGCUUCUCCUCGUCGGACUUGGAAUUGGAGCCACCCCUUUUGUUAGUAUCCUCAAGGAUCUUCUCAACAACUCCAAAACCAUUGAAGAACAAACGCCAACGGAAUCAACAACAGAAACAAGCAGAUCAGAAGACAGCUUUGGAUCUUUAAACACGACACCGGGUGGAAAGAGGAAGUUGCAGAGCAGAACGGGGAUGGGGAUGGGACAGGCACAAGCGUACUUCUAUUGGGUGACGAGAGAGGCUAGUUCCUUGGAGUGGUUUAAAGGGGUGAUGGAUGAAGUAGCAGAGAUGGACAAGAAAGGCCAAAUUGAACUCCAUACCUACUUGACGAGUGUGUACGAAGAAAGUGAUGCAAGGAGCACGUUGAUCAAAAUGGUCCAAGCUUUGAACCAUGCCAAGCAUGGCGUCGACAUUCUCUCUGGCACACGAGCAAGGACUCAUUUUGCGAGGCCCGAGUGGAAGGAGGUGUUCGGGCGAAUAGCGUCGAAGCACGCUUACAAGACAGUGGGAGUGUUCUACUGUGGAAUGCCAAUGCUGGCAAAAGAGCUCAAGAGGCUAUCACUAGAAUUUACUCGCAAGACUGCAACUAGAUUUGAGUUCCAUAAAGAAUAUUUCUGAUUUACUUUGUCAAUAAACUAAACUUCUAAGGGAGGGAAAUCAAAUUUGAAUGCUUAUAUAAUAUAAUUAUAGAUAGAUAUAGAUUCAAAUACCUUAUAUUAUACAAGAUUGAUGUACAUUUUUUUUUAACAAUAUAACAAUAUCAAAUAAGUAAAUGAAAAUAACAUGCAAUUUUUU